AUGGCGAGGCCAGGGCUGCUGCUCCUGCUCCUGGCUCUGCGGCCACUACAGCCCUCCCCACUGCCCAGGCCGGACACCACAGAGGGCAAGGUCACCAUCGUGGGCCUGAUCCUGUCUGCACUGGAGAGAGCCACCUUGUUCCUGGAGGAGAGGCUACCUGGAGUCAACCUAGACGGUGUGGUGGGGUUCCGGGUGCUAGAAGCGCAGCUUCGGGGUGUGCAGGAAGAGUGGGCAGCCGACCCCCUGCUGCGGCCCCUGAGCCUGCGCACCAGGCGGCUGGCGGACAAGCUGGCGGCUCUCCUGCGCAGAUCCAUCUUCUACCUGGAGCUGAGUGACCCCAGAUACCUUAGAGAGUUCCGGCUGAGUCUCCAGCCCGGAUUUUGGAAGCUGCCCUGCACCUGGACGCACACCAACACCUCGCUGGUCUACCCCGUGCUGGAGCCCGAGGACUCGUUCUCAGAGGAAAGCAGCGACGCAUGCCUGGUGCAGCUGCUGGGAACCGGGAACAGCAGCCAGCCCUGCAGGAUCCCAGACUUCUGCAGGACACUCGUGACCCAGCCCAACUGCUCAGGCUACAGGCUGUCCCACCAGCUGCUCUUCUUCCUCUGGGCCAGAAUGCAAGGAUGCACAGAGGGACUGUUCCACCAGAGUCAGCACUACAUCAGUGUCUUCUGUGCCAACAUGAUGGAGCUGAACCGGAGAACUGAGGCCAUCGGAUACGCCUACCCCACCAGGGACCUCUUCAUGGAAAACAUCAUGCUCUGUGGAAUCAGCGGCUUCUCUGACUUCUACAAGCUCCGGUGGCUGGAGGCCAUUCUCAGCUGGCAGAGGCCCUGGGAGGGAUGCUUCGGGAAGCCUGCUGCCAAGGAGGAGGACCCCCCCACGGCCCCUCCACACCGCCCGCAUGUUCUAAGAGUGAAGAGGAGAGAGAAGCAAUUCAUAGAUGGCUGCUCCUGCCACAGCACAGCCGUGGCGGUCGCAGCCCUGGGGGGCUUCCUGUAUGUCCUGGCGGAAUCCCCACCCGCAAAGGAAGAGCUGCGUCUGUCCACAAGACCCCCGCUGAGCGGCUCCUAGGAUGGACGCUCCUACCCCUGCUUCCUGCAGGAUGAGCAGGCCCCUUCGGCCUUUCGUAGGUCUUGGGGCCGAGGCCACAUCCUGAGAAGGAGGCAGCCGAGGAAACCGACAGCAGGAAACUGUCACUAUCUGGGGUUGUCUGAAGCCCUGAGUGAGCAGGGCAGGGAAGGCAGGGCACAUGAAUACAUUUAGAGCACCAACCCGA